GGGGGAGGGGAGACCCAUCAGCCCUGCUGGUGGGAGCCGACCUGAUGCAACAGUGGUGACUAGACUUGGCAGUGAACCAGAGUCCAGCCUCCUGACCCCUGCUGACCCAAGUGCUCUGGAGCUUGUCUCCAGCUGGCCACACCUCUGCUGUGCCCUAGUGCCUAGAGUGCCAACCCCCUGUGGUUGCAUUUUAGGGAUGCCAGAGGCCAUGACGCUUCUGUCAGAGCUGACACCUCCUCACCUGACCUCCUUCUGGGAGGGACAGGACUGCCCCCUCCCAGACAAGCCAGUCUGGGCCCUGAAAGCUCCAUGAGGGUGAGGAAUUUCCCUAUUGAGGGGGGUUUCCCAGGCCUGGCUAACCUGAUCCUGACCCUGUGCGCAUGUGAGGGAAGGAGUAGGAGGGUCAGGGAGUUUGAACUCUGAAUCCAAGGCAGGCAGGGGUCUGGGUGUUAAGACCCUCUACUAAGCUUCCUGCCCCUCUGAGGGCUGAAGUUUUCCCUGGGCCUGUGGAAGAUGGGUGGGGCCUCUCAAGCUGAGCUCCAGUUUCCGUGGAAACCCACAGGCUUCCCACCCACUGCUGCCUGGGCAGGCUCCCAGCUGGGGCCUCAUGCUCUGCCAGCCUCUCCUCCCCAGUCCAGUCUGCUCCACCCUCAGCCCGUCUUGGCCCCUUCCCUGACUCUCCAUCCCCAAGCCCAGCCUCUGGCCUCUUCCAUUAGGCUCUAAUGCCUUCUUAAGGAACCUGGGCCUCUCCUGCCCCAUCCCUAAACUUCAGCUUCUCAGCAAACAGGCUUCCCAAGCUCCUGCCCCUCCCUCUCAGGCCUUUCUAGCCUCCUUACCAGCUCCCAGGCCUAGCCAGGCCUCCUGCUCCUGCCCACCUAUCACCUCCCACAGACCAACAGACAACAGGUCUCCUAGGCUAUUCUGUCCUCUUGCUCCCCUGCCCCACCCCACCCAUGGAGACCCCAGGACUGGUUGUGCACGGGGAGGCUGCACCCUUUUCCACAGCACUCCGAAGCCUUCUCAACAAUCCCCAAUACAGCCAGUGCACUCUGCACCCCCGCUCCCCCACCCCCUCCUGCCUGGAGGAGGCUGAAAAAGGCUGAGUUUGCAGUCUAUGGAGGAGGAGCCAAGAAGAGCUUCCCUUACCUCAAGAGUCAGGCUGGGGAGAAGAGGGUGAUGUUUGCUUUGUGGUCGGUCAAGAACGGCAGGAGGUGUUUGCCCACCGGUGCUUGUUGGCCUGUAGAUGCAACUUCUUCCAACGACUUCUGGGUCCAAAGCUGGGCUCUGGCAUGCCUAGCCCCGUGGUGCUAAGCACUGUGCCAGCUGAGGCCUUCCUGGCAGUGCUGGAGUUCCUGUACACCAACAGCGUCAGGCUGCACCGCCACUCUGUGCUGGAGGUGCUGACCGCGGCUAUAGAAUAUGGGCUGGAGGAACUGCGAGAGCUGUGCCUGGAGUUUGUGGUGAAGGUGCUGGAUGUGGAACUGGUUUGUGAGGCCUUGCAGGUUGCUGUAACCUUUGGCCUGGGACCGCUGCAGGAGCGUUGCAUAGCCUUCAUAGAGGCCCACAGCCAGGUAUCGCUCCCCAUCUUCAUAGUCUCAAUCCCUCAGACCUCAUUCUGCUCCUCCCUGACCCAUUCGUGGACCCACAGGAGGCGCUCCGGACCCGCGGGUUCCUGGAGCUGUCGGCGCCAGCGUUGCUGUCCCUGUUGCGCAGCGACAAGCUCCGCGUGGACGAGGCUGAGCUCGUUCUGGCGGCCAGGAGCUGGGCACGCGUGGGCUGUGCUGGAGCGGCCGGUGGCGGAGGUGGCGGCCCCGGUGGUGCGGGAGCUGAGACUGGCUUUGCUGGCCCCGGCGGAGCUGAGUGCCCUGGAAGAGCAGAACCAGCGGGAGCCGCUCAUCCCGGUGGAGCAGAUCGUAGAGGCGUGGAAAUGCCACGCUCUGCGAAGAGGGGAUGCGGCCCGGGGCGCCCCGUGCCGCCGCCGGAGGGGAACCCUGCCCCGGGAGCAUCACUGCUUUCUGGACCUGCCCUUUAAGUGACCAAAGGCCGCGGUUUGCAAGGAAUUCUGGGCCUGUCCCAAGCUACAACUCCCGACGUGCCUAGUGCUCGGAGCCGACUUCCGCCCCCAGCAUGCCCUGCGAGCCGGGCGCUGGAAGAGCGACUGUCGCCCGGCUCUGCGCCCUGUGGGUGGGGCUCUGGGGGUGGGGAGUGGGUGUGGGCUUGGGCGGGGCCCAAAAGCGAUUUCCCUUACACUUUACUCUGACUCUACCCUGGCCCUCUGGCCGCGCAGGCCUGCCGCGUUUACUUUUAUAAUCCCCACGUUUUUCGGCUCAACUCCCUCUUUAAUUCCAGAGCUACCUCCUAGAGAGCGCUCUCUAAAUGCCCCACAGACACCUCAGACUCAAUCCAAAAUUGGGCUGCCUCAUCUUUCCCCAGUUCUGCCCCCAUCGUGUUUCUCAUCUCUGUGAGUGUCUAAGCCAGAAACCUGCAUCUCAGCUUUGCCUUGUUCUUCAUCCUCACAUCUGCCUCCCGUGACUUCUGCCUUCUAAGACACUGAAGGGUAGUAAAAUGUGCCAAUCCAAAAUACGCCUCUUUGAGCUAAGGAUUAUUUUAAGCUGAUUAUUUUGAGAAAAAGUGGAAGCUCUGGAAACAAUAGAAUUUACCCUUUUGUAAGGGAAAUUUAUAAUUAAAAAGGGAAUCUCCAUUAGUAAGGGCGUCUCCUCCGUACCAGGAAAAGAAGGAUGAUCAACUCACAAGAUUUUAGUGGAGAAGGCACCCACUGAAAUCUGCUUAACAAGCCUUACCUUAUGUACUGUUUUUCCUGGUAGCAUUCUCCUAACUGUCCUCCCUACACUUUUCUUUCAUCCUUAACUGAAGAUGGUCUUUCAGCAGGUAUUUUAGACCACCUCAGGGAGUUACUCAUUUUUCCCUGGGUAUCUCCCAUGUACACAAGAGGUAUACAUAUUAAUAAACUUGUUUUUCUUUUGUUAA